UAUGAUGCUGAACCAUUUCCUAACAAUGCUGGAAUAACAGCAUGAGGGACAUCAUGGAAAUAUUGGAUGAGGCUCUGACUAUCUAUUUCAAUAAAUCAGCACAUCUGGCCCCACUAAAUCCAAUCUUUAGUACUGGUGAGCUGUGAAAUUAAGCUUCAGAUGAUUAGAAUCGGAAUAUAGCACAAAAGAUGCCGGAUCCCUUUUGAAAUCCAGGACUGAGCAUUACAUAUCUGACCAAAAGCUUCUGCAAUAUCCAUUUCACUCACUUUGUAGAGCUUCCAGAGUAUAGGAGCAGCAGCAGCAUUAUAAUGUGCAUGGAGACAGUCGCCGCGCUAUUUAUGGGAAACAUCUGUCUGUAAACGCUGGUGUGAUGUAGACAAGGUGUUUUAAUAGCAGGAUAGACAGCCUCUUAACCAGCAACACAAAUAUGCAUAGAGCAACAUUAUUAAGUUACCCCAAAACAUGUGAUCCUAAAAUUCCUACUUUGAGACCAGCGCAUGUAGAUAUUUUAGGGACUCGUUUUAUAGGUGGCCAUGGAGAAGUUUAGGGAUCAUUGGUCUUUUGUGUAUUUAAUGAGCCCAUGCUCUUACUAUCAAGCCAUAUCCUAUAAAUGCCAGACAUAGUUUCUUCCACAACCUCUGAAGAUGUUAAGGUGGUGUUGUGGUUGGUCCUACAGGGGGCAGUUGAAGGCUACAGUGCUUGUCACCACAACUUCCUCGUUUCCAGCGUAAUAAUGUAAAGUUACCGUCCCAGUAACACCGCGUGGCUGUCUGGACAACGAUCUCCUGUUCACUGUAUACACCUUCCUAUUGUGACAAACUAUAAGCAUUGUAAUCCAGGUUAAUUCAAUUCAUGUGUUAGGGGCGGGCCUUUUGAGACGGUCCUUCAGAAUAGACACUUUGUAGCUCCGUAGACAGGAGAGAAGAGGAGGAGGGAGGGUGGAAUAGUGGUGGUGAGAGAUCCAGAGCCGAGAGCCAUCGAUGAGGAAGUGUAAUUGAACCUGUGAUGUGGAGGGAGGGAAGCAGCUCAUCUCUGUAGUUCCUGGAGAGAGCGUCACCCAUCUAAACGCGCAGACUGGUGAAAACAACGUACUGGGGAAAAAUAGCGGGAUGCCAAGGGAAUGAAGUCAGUAAUCAUGUGCCUUAUUGGCACCGCAUCGGUGCCACCACAGCGGUGAGGUUUGUGGAGAGAAGGAAAGAGGAGGAGGAGGAGGAGGAAGAGGGGUAGACAGCCUGGCAGACAGGUGCGACUCCACAGCCUGUUUCAUUUUCUCUCGGUCCCAGUAAGUUCAUAGAGCCAUGGAUACCCGCAAGGAAAACAAGGUAAGAAAACAACCCAUGAAACCCAAAUCCACAACGCGAAAGGAGAAGAAAUACAAGACCGGGAGGUUUAUCAGGAGGAAAUCGCUGCGAUCUUUUGGGAAUUUCAUGGGAAGGAUCCUUAAAACUUUGGGCACUUUGGCGCACUUUGGCGACGCGGAACCGCCAGACGCGGAGGACGACGACGGCGGCUUCGGCCAGAGCGCUUCGGGGGGUUUCAAAGAGGACUGCUCGCAGAUCUUCAGGGAGGGAACCGUGAAGAAGAGCUCCACGGCGUCCUCCUCUCACGGCUCGGUGAAAGAGAGGCUGUCGUGGUGCUACGGCGACAAGACCCCCGGGGUGCUGGGACUGAAGAACCACGGCAACACCUGUUUCAUGAACGCCGUGGUUCAGUGCCUCAGCAACACGGACCUGCUGGCCGAGUACCUCGGGCUGGAGCAGUACAGGUCGGACGUGUGCCACGGGAGGGUGAACGGGGAGGUGAGAGGAGAGGAGCCGCAGAGCGCCAGGGGAGAGGUGACCGAGCAGCUGGCGUCGCUGGUUCGAGCGCUGUGGACACUGGAGUACCAGCCUCAGCUGUCUGUGGAGUUCAAGAGCAUAGUGGCCAAAUACGGCUCUCAGUUUCGGGGAAACUCUCAGCAUGAUGCCCUCGAGUUCCUCCUCUGGCUUCUGGACAGAGUUCAUGAAGAUGCCAGUCCUGGCCCCAACAAUAACAGCAACAGCAAGACCAAAGCUAAUGCCAAGGGACCCAGUCCAUCGGAGGAUCCCUCCAGUCCCAGUUCAGCCAGCGCACAGCAGCCUCGAGGUCGACACAGUUUUGUCCAGGAACACUUCCAGGCUCAGUACAGAUCUUCUCUGACGUGCCCUCAUUGCCUUAAGCAGAGCAACACCUUCGACCCGUUUUUAUGCAUCUCCCUGCCAAUCCCUCUACGACAAACCAGGCCGAUGUGUGUGACGCUGGUGUUCAAUACGAAGGGUCAGAGGUAUCUGCGGGUGGGGCUGGCUGUACCUCUCUUUGGUACCCUGUCCUGCCUUAGAGCCAUGGUGGCAGAGGAGGGCAACAUCUCCCCGGACCAGGUCAUCCUAUCAGAGUUGUACUCCACGGGUUUCCAGCGCUCCUUCUCAGAUGACGACGACCUGACGUCAAUUUCUGACAGCGACGUGGUCUACGCCUUCCAGGCUCCUCCCCUCUACAGUCGCGGAGGCUCUGCACCGCACUCAGGGUAUCACCACAGCCUCCCCUCCUCUCCCUACACCUCCACGGCUGGCCGCGAUGGUCAGAGGUUACCUCCGUCUGGCACCCUGUCCUCUGAAUACCUGAACCAGGGCGGCUCCUCGAAGGUUCUCCUCCUCAUCUGUAACACAGCGGGAUCUGGCCAGCAGGCUGUCAGGUUUGGACCUCCAUUUCUCAUGCGUGAGGACAGGAGCAUCUCCUGGGACCAGCUGCAGCAGAGCAUCCUCAGCAAGCUCUAUUAUCUGAUGCUGAAUGGAUCUCAGGCUCAGAACGCUGGGGUGCUAUUCAAGAUCAGAGUGGUGGGAGGAUCGGCAGCCUACAGCUACCUGUCCCCACAGGAUAGCAGGCCACUCUACCACCCUGCAGUUGAUAGAGCACUGAAGUUCUGUGGUCCUGGGGGACCGCCCCAUGUAAAGCUCGUCAUCGAGUGGGAGCACAAGACUAAAGAAUGUCUGUUUGGCAGCAUCCAGGAGGAGGUGGUGAAGGAUGCGGAGAGUGUGAGGAACCAGCAGCAGCAACAUCUGCAGCAGCAUAGCUGUACCUUGGACGAGUGCUUCCAGCUGUACACAAAAGAAGAACAGCUCGCCCCAGAUGAUGCCUGGAAGUGUCCCCACUGUAAACAGCUUCAGCAGGGCAUGGUGAAGAUGAGCCUGUGGACUCUGCCUGACAUACUGAUCCUCCAUCUCAAGCGCUUCCGACAGGUAGGCGAGCGGAGGAAUAAGCUGUCAACCUUGGUGCGUUUCCCCCUGACUGGAUUGGACAUGGCCCCCCACAUGGUGAAGAGGAGUCAGAGUAUGAGGAACCUGAACCUGGGAGCCUGGACACCUUCCUGGAAGCAGCCCUCGGGACAACACAACCCACCUGCCGACAUGACCCUCCCAAUCGACUAUCAGUACGACCUCUACGCUGUGUGUAACCAUCACGGAGGAAUGCAUGGAGGACAUUAUACUGCUUACUGUAGGAACUCAGUGGACGGCCAGUGGUAUAGUUACGAUGACAGCAGCGUCGACCUGGUGCCAGACGAGGAAGUUUGUACCAGAGGAGCUUACAUCCUUUUCUACCAGAGACGCAACACUAUUCCUCCAUGGUCGGCCAGUAGCUCCAUCAGAGGCUCCACGAGUUCAUCCAUGUCAGACCACUGGCUGAUCCGGCUGACAGGGGACAGUAAGAGAGGCAGUCUAGUGUCUCGAUCCUCCACCACCUGCCCGUCUUCCAUACCCGACUCUCCGGAGUCUCCGGUCUUCCUUGACAAUGGAUCCAAAGAGGAGAGGGGGGGUUUUGAGAGCAGGCCAUUUGUCAGGGGUCUUCAGGGGCGCAGUGUGAGCAUGAGAGCCCCCAGCAAAACCAAAGACACCCUGAGCAAAGUGCUUCCCCUGCGCUGGUCCUUUGGUUCCAAGGACAGACGAAAAACGGAGCCAGUGCCUGCACCGGUCAGAGAUCCUGCCCCUGUAGAGCUAGUGCAGUACUUGGAAUCUGGUCGGCGGCCCCGGUGCACAAAGGACCCAAUAAUAACGUUGAUGAGCGAACCGCGCAGCACAAAGGAAUCUGCCGAGAGCCGCGCCGCCGCCAAUGUCCGAUCAUCCAGCAUCGGGAGUAUAAGUUGUGUGGGUAAAGCAGGGGAUGAGCCGCCUCCUGAAUCUCCACGGGUCCCAGAGGGCCAGAGGAGAACAUCAGAUAAGACUGCCAGCCUGAGGCGCAGCAAGGGAGGCCAGACAAGAGAUGAGAGUGUCUCGAAUAUCAGCAGUAGCUCUAGCAGUAACACCCUUACCAGGAGGAAGGAUGCCAGGAAGCAGACCUCCUCCAAAGCUUCCCAGGAUGCUGAGACAAAAAGGAGUUUCACCGCUGGAGUUCAGCCCAGCUACAGUACACCCAGCCUUCAUGAUGAGACUCUGAGAAGGCAGAAGGUAGAAAGGGCUGAUAGGGAGCAUCAUGGUACAUAUGAAGGAAACUCAAAGACCAAGAAAGGAGAAUUACCCAAGAACCACGAGGGACUGCUCUCCUUCUUCAAAGGUAACUUUCUAAAGAAGGAUAAGGACCUGAGGAAGUCCAAGGAGGGUGAGUCAGGGAGAGGAGGAGGCGAGGAAGGAGGCAGAAGGACCCUGUCGAGGCUGUCACUGUCUAACGGAGCAGUCGGAGGCAGAACUGGGGUGGAAGGAGGAAAGUCUAACGGCUCGGGCCAUCUGGGUGAUGACGUGGCCAACGGGAAUGUGGGCCGCACGGCGGCUGACAUCAAGCGCUCGCAGAGUUCCUCCAACAUCCCCACCAAGGCAGAGCAGAGCAUGCGCAGAACGUCGUCUUUGCAUCGUAAUGGCAUGUCCACAGCCCCGGCACCGUCACGCAGCCUGACAACAGACAAACCAUCUUACGGCACCCUGCAGAGGACUCGUUACAGCACAACCUCCCUGGGGCGCAAAAGGACAGUCCCAGAGUCGAGCUUCUGAUGCACUGAUAUUUAACACAUCCGCACACACAGAGCCUUUUACCUGUUAUAAAGUGAAUGACGUCCAGUCUCUGAGAUCAAAGCAAUAGAGCUCAACUCACAGUGAUACGCCUUUUUGUUCGCCGAAAAUGAGCUGGCUCGAGUGGUUUGCACCAUGGAGAGAUGGAGCUAAUGAUGUCUUCAAUGCUGGGAUAUAAAGAGCAGAAUGAAAUGAUGUGACCUGAGAAGGAGUUUGUUUUUUUUUUUAUCACUUGAAACAAGUGCCUGAGAAACUAAUAUGCAGUUUAGACCAAUGAGUUUGUCUUUUUAGCACUGGAAGCACAAAGUCCCACACAAGCACAUACAAACGUAAUAUCUGCAUUGUUACUGUAAUGUGUUAGAAUUCAUACAUCCGUUUUGAAUUCUUAUAGUUUUCUGCUUACAAUCAAGACACACUGAUUGUGUUCAUUCAUAAGAAUGUAAUGUUUCCACUUGAUUAACGGUGGAGCUUUGAGGCUGCACUUUCUGAUCAUCAGUUAAUGUUUAUUUAAAGUAUAGAUGUCGCUUGAAAACACGAAACAUGCCCAGACUUAAGUUUAUUCCAUUUUAAACCAGCAGUGGAAAGACUAAAACAUCUGUAAUAACUGGCUGGGUAGGAGUGGUAUUCUGUAGAAUCGCUGAUCUGAUCUCUACUAGGACCAGUAGUGCUUUAUAGCUAACCUAUGGCUAACCUGCCUGUAGCGGAAAGGAAUUGAAAAAAUACAUUUGUCUACUCUAAAGUUUAAUAUUAAUGCAAUAUCCACCCUUAGAGAAUGUUUUAUACUUUGAUAUAACAUUAAUGAACUAUAUUAAGUGCAUUCCAUUGUUGUUGUUUUUUUCUUCCACUAUUUUGGUGUUACCACCAUAUUUUUCUUAGUUUACAAUUUCCUGUGUUUUCCAGACUUGUCAGAAAACAGUUAUAAUUAGCUCUGGGUUAUAUGAAGGUGGUGACCGCAAUUUGUAACAGAUUGUUGAGCUUUUCCCCCCCCAACUCAAAAUGCAGAAUGUGGCUGCAUCACAUGCUAUUCUAUCAAAUCUGUAGUUGGAGAAAGAUUGUGCCUCUUUCAUGGUUUUUGGAGCCACAUUUUGUUGAAUUAGUGCUCAAAGUGGCAGCUUUAUAAAACUAGCCCUGUUGGAUGCUGAUUGAUUGUGAGGAAUAUUCUCCAGAACCUGACAUUCACUGAUUUUUGCAAAUCAAAGCUUACUGUGGAAUUGCAGGAAAAACUGCAGCUUAAUGAGUAAGAGAAAUACUGCACAAAACACCAAAAUGGAUGCAAAAAUGCAAGGUGUGUCAGUGUUUCAGGGAGUGGUCUUUCUUUUAUUUGUCCCGGCUCUGAACGAUGUAACUUUGGAAGAUUCAAAAUGCCUAAAUGAAAAUAGUCAAACAAAGAACUAAAGUAAAAAACAGCUUGAAACAUAUUUUCCGUUUUUUGUGCAUAUUUACUGUAAGCUUGCACAAGUUAACACUAAUUAGCUCACUUACUGAGAAUUGUGCCAAGAAGAGCCCUGUCGGUGUGUGUUUGUGCACUUCUUGCAGAGAGUCAAUCACAAAUAAUUAAAUGUUCAGUCAAUAUUACUGUCCCUGCAGCCUGCUGGGCCACAGGAAACUGUUUUAAUGGCUGCCAUCUGCAUAUAUGGCAGCUGAUAAGUGCCACCCAAGGUCCCGCCCCAAAGCUGCGAUUGGAUAGUUUGUUUGUUUUUUUUCAUCUUGGUUUGCAUGAUGCAUCUCUGUUUUAAAAAAGGAAAACCUCUCUUGCACCUCCUCAUGAGAGCUAAUGACGGUGCUUUGCGUUUGGUAUUGGCGGGUCUGUUCCGCCCUCUGCUGGACAGCACUGAAAUGUAAUAAACCACAUAUUUAAUUGGUUGUUAGAGGAAGAAAAGGCUAAAUAAUUGUGUUGUUAACAAAUGUUUUCAUUAAAUUAAUAUACAGUAAAUCCAUACAUAAAAAGGAAGGUCAAAUAACUGUGGGUAUUUUAUAUGAUUUUAUUUCUUUGUUUGAUUUCUUUUAAUUUGGACAUUUUGAAUCUCCCAUACACAUCAGACAGACCUGUGAAUCCGGCAUUAUGAAGGUUCUGCUGUGCACUUUGUCUUUUCACAGUUUAUGAUCUGAAAGUAUUAUGGUAAACAACGAUGUUGUUUCUGUGAGAUUCAUUUAUAUUCUGUUUAUUAAGUUUUUAAUUUGUACAUGCACUCAUUUUUUAAAUUUACUUCCGUGUUAUUAUUUUUUGCUUAAUUUUAUCUCGCUACAUUUUUUCCAACAUCACCUUGCUUACAUUACUUUUCCACAGAAGAGAGAGAAAUGAAGAGUUGAAUAAUACUCUUUUACUUUGGGCCCUUUUGUAGCUUCAGCCGGGACCACUGGGAGUCAAGGUCACUUACAUAACUGGUGGUGGAAAGCAAAGUGUUAAUUUCAUUUUCCUGGCCCAGAUGUCCCCAGCCUCUCCAUUAACUCAAAUGGAUGAAUUUCUAUUCGCAAGUCUGCUUCAAAUUCUGAUUGUAUGAUAGCAGAGUAACAAGCCAGCUGGAUCCCCUCAUUUGCUGCUGCAGUGAUGUUUUGAUAUUGUGUAAGUGUACAGAAAUUUCCCAUAAUGCCUGCUCAGACUCUACACGUGUAUGAUUAUAUCUGGAGAUUUAAUUUGCACUCUACACAUAAGGGAAUGCUCUUAAGUAAACAAUGCUACUAGCGUGUUGAUAAGAGUCAGUCAUCCUACAAAAGGUUCACUUCCUGCCAACAAUAAACACUUUAGAAUACUGACCCUGAACCAUAGUAACCAAUAAAUGAAAACCAACAAUAUGAUACGAGUUCAUUAAAUCAUAUAGUGAAAGCACUAUAUCAGCCUUAGAAUUAGCUGUGUAUAACAAAGCAGUUAACAUGUUGAUGUUAGUGGAGCGUACACCCUGAUAGUCCAGUUUAUUAUUGAACUUGAAGAAUGUAGGAGACAAAGUUUUGCGCAGUCACAAUGAAUAUACGCAGCUUCUGUUCAUCUGCUGAAUUUUGUUGCCUGCAGCUGCCUAAAUAGAGAAACACUUUCCAAGAACACAAACACAAUGCCCAUGGUCCUGUAGGACUUAGUCUGUGUUACUAUAAUCUCUCUCAACAUUGAAACCCAAAAACCAACACUGUUUGUCCAGUGUCUGAAGAAUUUGUAAUGUAUUUCCAAACAACCGACCGGUCAUUUACACGGUAGAGCCACCUCAUCAAAUUGUUAUUCUUCAGAUUUCACUCGACUCGGUGGAGCUUCGGAUCAACAUGUCAACCCAUGUUAGAGAAUGGAGUGAGCUCUUCUCCCUUGUUUGUGAAUUUAAAGAGGGAGGCAGAAGUUUAUUCACAGCAGCUGAAUUCUGUCAAGUCAUGCAGUAGCAUAUCUGAAUGCUUUUAGUCAGUAUUCACAAUUGAGUAUGGCAUGCGUUUGUAUUCCGUUACUUAGAGUAGUCCAUUUCUAAGGCAGAUCAUAUAUGAAGUAACCCCAUGAGGGGAAGCCUGUAAGGAAUAAAAUAAGGAUUAAAAUAAAAAAGCAAACUGUAUUUUGAAAGCCAGUUUUAUAUGGCGAUUAUCAGUAUGUUGCUCAUUGUGUCACUGUUUUAUUUAAACGUUGAAUACUGGAAUUAACAUUUUCUCGUGUUUAUGCCAAGGAUCAAGCUGCUGUUUGUUAUAAACAAUGACACUACAAUUUGAAGUCUAUUACACAGAUUUUGGUUUCAGAGGUGAGGGUUUGGUGUUUGCUGAGAGGCAAGUGAUUUUUUGUUUGUUUGUCUAUGUAAUAUUCACGUCUGCCACAAGGGGGUGUGGAAAAAUUAGUAAGUCUGAGGUGUAUAACUACCACUUACAAAGUCUCCCAGUAAAUUUUUGAAUUCCCCUUGCCUCAGUAUUCCUUCUCAGCUUAAUAGGUGUCUAUGGUUUCUACUCUCACCAUAUCCCAGAACCAAAAAGGUAAUUUGUCAUGCUGCUGGCAGUAGUCAAGGCUUUGAUUAAUGGUACACUGCUGCAUUGUAAAUCAGAUUGGAAGGCUUCUGUUUUUCUAAUAUUCUCCUUUUUUCAGAAUCUUUUUAUUUCUGUAACAACUGAGCAUAAAUAUUUGCAAGUGGCAAUUCAACUACUGAAAUAAUGUAUUGAACCUUGCAACAACACACACCACAUUUUAGCAACACUUUUAUUAUUUUUUUUAUGUACUUUUUUUUUUCUUUUUAGUUAGUUUCAAGUCCCUCAGCAAUAAUAGCUGAACAUCUUAUUCAUUAGUGUCUCCUUUGCACACGUUCUAACUCUGAAGUGCUGUUAAUAAAACUAAAUUAAAGUCUUUUGUUCUCCACAUUAAAACGUAACACUAAAUAUACCAUUGAACCAUAAGGUCACACACUUAGUUUUUCUCCUUUAAAUGUCAAGAGAGAUUGACAGUGUCUUUGUUUUGAGUGCAGCUGCUGUUUGGUUGUCCUCGACUAUGAGUUUACCAAACCUAACACAUGGAUGUAGUUUGGAAGUUUGCUGGAAAGUAGCAAACUAAAGUAAAUGUGAGCAUCUAUACGGCUGCUCUGUAGACCACAAUGAAAAUGUGUGGAAAAAGACAUUAGAGCAUGAAAAACCAAUAUUCUAGUGUCCUGUCGGAGUGACAGAAAUGAGGAAUCUCACCUUGAAACCUGUGGAGUGCUUUUUCUUCAACUUCUUCAUCUUUUAUGUCUGAGUGACCUUCUUAUAAUAGUGCUGAUACUUCUGAACAAGAACCCACGUGCUUACAUACAAGCUGUAAUUGAUGCCAGUCAAAGCUGACAUUUCCAUCUUUUCAGUGAAUUGUAUAAUCUAGUAUAUAAAACACCAGGUGUAAGUGCAGUCUGUUCACUGCGGAUAAUCACUGACACAAAAUUAAACUCACUUGUAUCUUGUUUUUCUCUGAGGCCGGAGCAGUACAUCAGCGGUGGGUUAUAAUAGGGCAUAGAGUUUAAACAAGGACACAAAGUCUGUAUAGCAUUAUAAAUUUAUUAGUUUGUUUGUUUUUCUUUCCAUGGCUCAAUCCACAUGUGGCCACAUACACACAAUGUUUACUCUGCCAAACUGAGCACUUCUGUGUUAACACAUCUGUGAAAUGUGGGUGGAAGAUGUUUUUAUAUGCAAUUUUAUACAUUUUAUAGAGAGAAAAAAAGAUUCUGUAUAUAUAUAUUUGUGGAUUGCACACAGACAGAACUGUGUGUGUGAGAGAGUGAGAAUAAAUAAGGUUAUAAUUGACACUAGCCUGUGGUGUGUACUUUGGGAUGGGAAUAAUAUCAAGGUGUUCAACUGAAUUCACAAGUAAUGUAUUCCAUACUUUGCAAAAUUGUGUAACAAGUGUGCUUUCACUGUAAAAGAGCAGUUUCUGCCUGAGUUAUCUUCUGUACAUGAUGGUAUAUUGUUUUAUUUUUCAAUACCACAAAUAAAAAGAUGUUAUUUAUGUU